AUGUACCUCGUGUGUCCCGGUGAAAUGAGUGCAUGUAGGAUUGAGAAACGGUUGCGACGUCUGCAGCAGAGGACGAGACGAAAACUUUUAGAAUUAGAACCUAAUUCGGCAGUUGAGUUUGUAGAAGAACCGUCGCGAUUUCUCUUUGUUGGCAACGGAGGAUUGGAGUGCGGAGUUGAUCACACGACUUUGCAGCGUUUCUUUUCAGAGUACGGGAUGGUAAGAAAGAUUGUAAUGGAACUUCACCGGCCUUACGCGUUUGUAGAAAUGAACGACAUAGUGGAAAAAGCUACAUUCAAAAUAAUGGACGGAAAAAGUUUAGAACCGCUAAUGACGUCACCACCAGCUGCCAUUCAUCUGUCAUACGUCACUCACUUGCCUGAAAAAAUUGACUCUACAAGUAAAGUCGUGCCAAACACCUGUACUUUACCUCCAGGUCUACAUUUCAUACUAGACUUUGUGAAUGAUGAUGAAGAAGCAACCCUAUUAGCUGCUGUUGCCAGCACUUCUGAUGAACAGUCCAACCACUCAACCAAAGAUGUAUCCGGUAGCUUACUGAAACACAGAAGGGUUAGACAUUAUGGUUACGAGUUUAUUUACGGAUCUAACGACAUCGACUUGAGCAAGCGUCUGGAGAGUAAAAUACCAUCUGUGUGCGACUUUCUGAUAGAAAGGAUGAUAAUGCGAGGAUGUGUGACCCGCAAGCCCGAUCAACUGACUGUGAAUGAGUACGAGUCUGGGCAAGGAAUUCCUCCUCACAUUGACACUCACUCGGCCUUCGAAGAUGGGAUAGUGUCAUUGAGUUUAGGCUCACAGGCUGUAAUGGAGUUUAGUCACCCAAUCCACCCUAAAUGCACAAUAUUGCUCUCUCGACGCAGUCUACUUGUCAUGACUAGAGAAUGUCGUUACGAAUGGACCCACGGCAUCCCGUCUAGAAAAAGCGAUGUAGUCGAUGCAUCGGUCUUUACGAUGUACGGCAUCAAGCACGAGGAACCGGUUAUACAACAAAGAGGCAAACGUGUGUCUUUAACCUUCAGAACUGUUCGAGGAAAGCCAUGCUGUUGUGAUUUUCCAGCGUUUUGCGACAGAACAAGCUACAGACAGCAGAAGCAGCCGACUGAGACAGCAUUGUUUAGUGAUGUUGAAUCAACACAUUUGUGUUUGACAUAAUGUAGGGUAUCAAACCAGUGAAAGAUCAA